UGAGUGCAGUGAAGAUAAACUGGUAGGCUUGUGAAAGAGGCAAAGGAGGAAGAAGGUUGAUAAAAAUAAGAUCAGAGCCAUCUAGAGGAUGAAGACGUGUGCUGCUGCUGUUGUACUGCUGAGUCUUUUCUCACUGGGACUCUCAGCUCCUCAAACCAGCUGUGAGGGUCUGGUGAAUCCAAUAACUAUCAGCAAAGAGGAAAUGUUGGGGAGAUGGGUGUACAAUGGGGGGAGCUCUGACAUCCCAGGGAGUCGCUCCCUGGCCCGCCUGAUGACAAGUGUUUGGUUGGACAUCACUCCGACUUCCCAGGAAAACGUCCUCAAUAUCCUCCAGACACAGAAAAUAUACAUCGCCUGUUCGAGCCUAACAUACAACAUGACUUUUGAAAACAGCAUAAUGUUGAUGGAGCAACCUUUCUACCUCAAGGAAGUCUACCUGCCGACUGAAUGUCCCGGCUGUCUGCUUGCCUAUGAAGAAAUUAUCUCUGGAAACGAUAAUUUCAAAAGUCUCCUUCUUUUCAGCGGAAACAACAGUGUCCCACCUGCUGCUGUAGAAAUGCUGAAAAGACAAGCAGUGUGCCUCCAGAUGCCUUCACCUCUGAUGAUAAACACAAACGAAGAUUCCUGCCCUGACAACAUCACACCCUCAGAGGGACUCAGUGCCAUGAACAGCUUGCUAGAUGCCAAGAUGGGACAACGAUUUGCAAGACUGUUGGAUUCUAUUGUUGAUUUCUUUAUGAACUGACUGGUUUUGAUCCCUGACAUUCUUUAUUUUAUAUACUCCCAUCUACUUUGGUAGACACAGGUUAAAAUGGAUACGUUUCACAUAUAAAUGUGACAAUUUCUACAAUCAAAAAUUUCCCCGAUGUGAAAAUGACUGAACAGUCUCUUUUUGUCAUCAAAGUAAGUGGUAGUGGGAGCUAUUGUUGUGGCAUGAUUUUAUUUUUUGCAUUUCUAAUAUGUGUUGACAUAACAGAAACAGAAG